AUGGCUUCCAAAGCUGCGGCACAACUGAGGUUGCCGGUACGGCCUCUCAUCAAGAACAUGGCAGUAAUUAAUCGUUUUUCUUCGAUCAAUUGCUUGUCGACGCCGGCUUUCCUUCGUACCCCGCCUUUGUCUUCUUCAGCUCCCUUCGUACGACACAGCUCCCACUCUCCACUGGGUACCCCGUCCCCAAAUCCAAGAAAGAAGGUCACCAUAAACACUAUUCAGAAUCUUUACAAGAAGGGCGAGCCAAUCACGAUGCUCACAGCACAUGAUUUCCCAAGCGGGCACGUUGCUGACGCCGCCGGCAUGGACAUGAUCCUGGUGGGGGAUAGUUUGGCCAUGGUGGCUUUGGGCAUGGAAGACACGAGUGAGAUCUUGAUGGAUGAGAUGCUUCUGCACUGCAGAAGUGUCUCCAGAGCGGCCAAGGCCGCGUUCACCGUCGCGGAUCUUCCUAUGGGAUCGUACGAGGUAUCCCCCGAGCAGGCUCUCCAGUCAGCCAUUCGCAUUAUAAAAGAAGGCCGUGUGCAGGGUGUCAAGCUUGAAGGCGGGGCGGAGAUGGCCCCGACGAUCAAGCGUAUCACCCAGGCCGGAAUCCCGGUCGUGGGGCACAUUGGCUUGACGCCGCAGCGCCAGAAUGCUCUCGGAGGAUUCAGAGUGCAGGGGAAGUCAGUGGCUGGAGCAUUGAAGCUUCUCGAGGAUGCGCUUGCUAUCCAGGAAGCUGGAGCAUUCAUCAUGGUUCUCGAGGCAGUGCCCGCUGAGGUCGCAACUAUUGUCACGAAGAAGUUGCGCGUCCCUACCAUUGGUAUCGGUGCAGGUAACGGCUGUUCCGGCCAAGUCCUUGUGCAGAUAGACAUGUCUGGCAACUUCCCGCCCGGCCGCUUUCUGCCCAAGUUUGUCAAACAAUAUGCCGACGUCUGGGGCGAGGCCAUCAGAGGUAUCAAGCAGUACCGGGAGGAAGUCAAGUCACGUGCGUACCCCUCGCAGGAAUACACUUAUCCUAUCCCCAAAGAGGAGCUUGCAGAGUUUGAAAAGCUCGUUUCCGAACGGGAACAAUAG